AUGAAGCUUCAGACUCAAAAGUUCCAUUAUGUGAUGUCCAAAUGCUUCCAGAGUCUAGGAAGUCUACAGAAGCAUGAAGCCCUCCUCUUUUACUCCAAAGUGUGCUUGCUUUCCAGGGGCAAUGUUGUGAAUCGAGUGUUUGAACUUCAGGGAGAGCUUAAGUUGUUCCUGGAAGUGCAAGGGAAAGAUGAUCUAUUAAGUCACUUCAGUGAGGUGUUGUGGGAGCCACGUCUUGCAUAUUUAGCAUAUAUAUUUGAGCAGCUAAACAGACUGAAUCUCAAGCUGCAGGGCAAGGACAGAAAUGUGUUUCACCUCACGGAUUGUCUUCGUACAUUUCUUGCCAAGCUCCAGAAUUGGCAAAUGAAAGUCAGUGCAGGAAAUGUUGCCAUGUUUGAGAAUCUUUCAACUGUUCUUGAUGAGAUUGAAGAUCAUCUGCUUGACCCAUCACUCAAAACCGAAAUCACUCAGCACCUUAAAUCCUUGGAAAGUGAGCUCAAAAAGUAUUUCUCAGAAUUCGAGGAGGAAGAUGGGAAAUUGGUGAGGAAUCAUUUCUCUGGCACUCUUGAUAUUGCUACCAUUUCCAAUGAUGUUCAGGACGAAUUUCUUGAUCUCAAGAAUGAUUCUGCUGCCAAAGAUCUCUAUGAAGAAAGAUCUCUGACUGUAUUCUGGUGCUCAAUGUAUCAGUCAUAUCAAAAAGUUAGCGCGAUUGCACUUCGAGUCCUCUUGCCUUUUUCAACUACCUAUUUAUGCGAAUCUGGUUUUUCCACCCUUCUACAUAUAAAGAAUAAAAGCCGGAACCAACUGGAUGUGGACCCGGACAUGAGAUGUGUAUUGUCAGUGACACAAUCUCGGAUCAGUCACCUGACUGAAAGGAAACAAUGUCAGCCUUCCCAAUGA